AUGACCGCAAGAUCCUUCGAGAUCCUGUGUCUCCUUAAGUUCCAGUACAUGAUGGACUCUUCCGGCCCCGAGACGUACGUUCCUCAUAUUUCCCACAAACAAGUAGUUCCCGAACAACCGCGGCAACAUGAAUCAUCGUACUAUGCGCCGACCACGCCUGAAACUUAUUCAUCGAUUCCCGUCAAGAAAGAACGUACUAUUUGCGGACUGAGGCCAGCGACAUUUGUUCUUAGUGUUUUAUUGGCUACAGUAAUAGUGAUAGCCGCUGUUGGUGGUGGCGUUGGGGGUUCACUGGCGGUCCAAAAAGCGAGAGACGAUGCAAUGUCGUCCGUAGCAUCGCCAACUACAGUUGUCACGACCACAGUCACCGCGCUGGUCCCUGCAUCGACGGACAGCGAUAGCCCGAUAGUAGUUCCAACACAAGGGAAAAUCCAGCUUCCCUGUCCCGCCAUGGAGGGCGAAACGAGAACAAUUGCACUUUCUGAUGUUGAUGCCAAAUUCGUUAUGCAUUGUGGCAUGAGUUUUGGAUCAAAAGGAGCUCUAGACAUUGUUGCCGUUGUAGUCUAUUCGUACUUGGACUGCCUCCGGGCUUGUGCAUCAUACAAUCGCAACUCAGGGUCGAGAACAUGCGUCGCGGCGACCUUCAAUGCGAAUCUGGGUAAUGUUGGCCCAAACAAUGGGAAUUGUUGGCUCAAGAAUGCGACUAGUCCCCGGUCGAUAUCUGAUAAUUCUGCUGUGGGUGGCAUCCUGGACUGA